AUGAAGCUCUCUAACGUGCUAACACUCUUAGGCGUGGCUUGCGCUCAAGCAGAAUAUGCUGGCGACAUCGUUCAUUACUGGGUCUCUGCUUCUGGCAGCCUCGCGAACAACACCCUAAUCGGCGGACUGCAGUCACCUCCUCCAGGCUGGUUCGAAGCUGUGGUCCAGGCCUCUAUGUAUGCUGCAGCGCUCGAGAGCAAGCACGAGGACCUUGCCUUUCAGCAGCUUGCUGUGAGCCACGCUGCGCACAAUAGCCUUACCUGGAUCUUCCAUGGUACGCGAAACUUUGCGAACAUCUUCACGUUCAUGCAGAAUGCGACCCGCGAUAUCGGCAUCAGCGAGUCGGACAAGAGUUAUGGCAAAGCAGCAAAGAUCGGACAGAAAGCGGCGCUCAAGGUGACGAAUGCUAGACAAGACGACCGUUUGAACAACUUCGUCAAUUACAUCUAUGGACCUAUGGAGCCAGGUGUUUACCAGAGGACUCCAGGUGGCCUCACGGCUCCAGAUACACCACAAGCGCGAUACCUGCGAACUUUCGGCGGUCUCGGUGAUGUUACACGGUUCCGUGCUCCUGCACCACCAGCCGUCAACAGCUCUGGCUAUGAGGAGAUCCUCAACUACGUGAAGGCCAAGGGCGAGCAAAAUUCCACAGCACGAACAGCACUGGAGACCGAGACAGCAUACUUCUGGCGAGAGUCGUCACCAAUACAGUGGAACCGCCUUGCCAUCAACGUAGUUGGCAACAAGUACUCGAAAGAUGUCGUGAAAUCGGCAAAGUUCUUUGCCCAAGUCAACUACGCGCUUGCCAACGCAGCCAUUGCAGGCUGGGACUCGAAGUCAUUCUGGGACUCAUGGCGACCAGUAACCGCUAUUAGACGCACCGAUGUCUGGCUUCCCAGCGGUAACAACGUCUCUAUGCCGACCUGGACGCCACUCUUGAGUCCGACUCCUAACCACCAAGAGUACACGUCUACUCACGCCUGUUUCGGUGCCGCGGCAGCUGCGGUCAUCAAGAUUUGGAACAACAAUCAGGAUACUAUCGAUGUGAUGUAG